AUGUCCCAAGCUCGUUUACCAAGAUUGAGACGUGAACUAGUAGAGUUGCACAAUGAAUCUAUGAAAGGCAUCGAUGUUAUUCUUCACGAAGACAUCACCUCUAUGUGUUUAAUUCUUACUCCUUUGCAAGGUCCUUUCAACGGUCUCCGAUUGCAUCUUUCCGUGUGCAUACCCGAAGAAUACCCUCGGCUGGCCCCCCAAAUCACCAUACAAACCCCAGUGCAACAUCCAAACGUAUUUGGUAAUUUCAUCUGCGCUGACAUUUUGCAGGCCCAUGGGGACGAAACACAAUUCAGAAGCUCGAGAGGUUACAACGGCGGUUAUACACCUGGAUACUUGUUAAAAUAUAUUUUUUUACAGUUACUGAGUUUCUUCUCGGAUACCAGAGUCGAACAAACGGGUGGACAUAAAUAUGAUAUAGCAUAUCUGGAGGAUUCGGUGCAUAAAAAUGAGAUGCGAAAUUCGGUAACAAAUUAUAAAUGCAAUAAGUGCGGCUUCAAUGAUUCAAUUAAUGUGACGCCCACUCAAGCGGAAAUUGAAGAGCUGGAUAUUUGCGGAAAUCCCAUCAAUAGCACUCAAAAUUUUGAUAAUAUAAUCCCCAGUAUUACUCCUAACGCAACGGUGGACAAGUUAACCGACGAUUGCUGGUUGCACAUUAUAGAAUUUCUGAAUGAGCGCGACAUAUUUGUUCUAUCUAGUGUCUAUCCACGUAUCCACACCUUGGUUCACUUUUUCAAUAUUCUCCUGCGUCGACAGUUGGUCUGCUUCUAUCUACGAAAGACAUUCACCGAGAGUAUUCUUGGCAUCGGAAUCCGUGUCGGAAAUAAUCGUGAUGUGGAAAAAAGGGAGUUAAUUAUCAAUGAAUUUGAUCUCUUUUCCUAUGAAUCAUUCAACAGUCACCAUUUAAGGAACGGAAUAUGGGGAGAUUCGUUCACACAUUUCCUCCCAGUUGCCCUGAAUCUUUCUCAUUUCAACAGAGCAUUACCAAUUAUCCAGAGAACCUUGGUGGAGUUACGGAGUUUUGGUGCGUGGAAUCCAAAGGUGAUUCUAAAGACAAUUCCAGGAUUGAUGAAUACAGCAGUUGUUAGUUUAAUGAAAACGUGUGACGACAGCGGGGAAAGAUCAAGUUAUGCAUUAAGAGCCUCCGAAAAAGCGCUACAAGGCUAUUGUUUAUUGCUUCACCUGCUGACAAUGCUUUCUGAGAAGUACCCGGAAGUCAUCGAGGAGGCUGAAAACAAGGUGGAGGGGUUCAUAAAAAACCAGAAUAAUCGCUCAAGAAACAAAACCGUCACACCAAACUUGGGAGAGUUCAUAGCCUACUUAUUCAUGUGCAAAAAUAUCUCGUGGUCAAGGUUUUGUCCUUGCUUCUUAGAGGAACUAUUAUCGCGCAAUGUGGUUUGGUUCUUAAAUAGUAACGCGAGUCUUGCAUAUUUAGAACCCGAACAAUUUAUCUCAAAUUACAGACUAUCAGAGACAUUCGAGUUGAGCAAGGUUUCAUUGAGAUUAGUGAUGUUCCAGGUGGCCUUCUUGAAAAUGACCCGAGACACACGAAAUGACAUGGAUCGCCGAUACGGUUACCCUACUGAGGAAAUGAGUAAUUCCUUGCUUCAACUUAUUAAACAAAUUUACCAAGUGAAUACGUGGGAUGUUUUUUUCAAAAUGAUAGAUUUUGAAUUGCCCGAAAAGGAUUGGGAGCCAAUUGUUUUGAAAUUAUUAAGGAAUGCUAUUGUGGAUAGUGGGAAAAGUGGAUAUCACCAGAUGCCCUACACGGUUAACGAGGUGUAUUUCCUUAGAAGGAAAUUUGAACCUAGUGUACCCGCGCCCCCAAGUUGGAGACCGAACGAUAAGACAUUACAAAUACACGGAUUCGCGCAGAAUUUGUCUUUCCAUGCCGGUGAGAGAGCAAGGAGGGAUAACGAAUCUAAGAGGGAAUUUCAUCGUCAUGGUAAUCGAGGUGAAAGAGGUAGGGGAUAUAAUUACCGAGGCGGUCGUGGUGGUGGAAAUAAUUAUUAUAGAGGAGGUGGAUAUAAUAACAAUAGACGUGGUGGCAAUUAA